AUGGAAGGUUGCCCUUGUCUCAUCUUCAGUGCUUUCAGUGCUACUGCCAUUCUACUCUUCACGUUGCUACCCAUUCUCCUCACGCUCUACGUGCUCCAACACCGGUUCCUGCACCGGAUUGAGGUCCUCAUGACUCCCAUGGCAGACUCGGUGACUCCCGAAGCAUGUCAGGGCAUAGAGGGGACCAGCCAUCCUGACAAGGCAACGCCUGACGCGCAGGAAGUUACUGUGUCUCCUACUCCAGAGUCGCGUCGAAAUUCGAACUUGAUGGAUAUCCGAUUGGAGGACAUCCAGGUUCCGGCUCUUCUGCCACGAAUCACCAAGAAGAUACCGGGGCCCGUCACCACCAGCGCCAUUGUCAAACUGGCCGAGGAGCUUCACCUGGGAGGGCCUACUCCAUUGCUGGAUGUGUCUGUAACCUCCGCUUUCGGCGCCGAAGGAAAAUCAGAAAUUGUUCCAUGGGAUGGUAAGAUUCGCUGGGCUAUAGAGGGUCCCAGUGUCUUUGAUGACGAGGAAGAUGAGCUUGGAGCAUUCUACUUCCGUCCCAAUCUCUUGUCUCGUCAUCCUUUCUCGGACAUUUGGAUGUUUCAGUACGGACUGCGAUAUGUUCCAGCUAAGGACGAUAGAAACGUGUAUCGUACCGUCCGGAUCGAAAAUCUCCCGUCAACUCUAACCCUGAAGGAUGUUUUGCCUGCCGUUAGUGGUGAGAUUUUCUCAGCCCGUCUCACGGAUACCACUCCCAUCGUGGGAUCUAACACCGCGAUUCUCACGUUCGUUUGGCAGUCCGAUGCUGCUCGUUUUGCUCAGGCUUCAAGGAAUGGUAUACACUUCGGUCCUACAGUGGCAAAGGUUGUCCCCGUCAACACUCCAACCUACCCCAUCUCAGCUGAGUUGAAGCGAUUGAUCUUCAAGGAAGGCUACACACGCUGCCUCUGUGUGUCCAGUUUGCGUGAAUCCCUGAAGAGUGAAGUUCGUCGUGUUAUGGAGAAGUCUGUUCACUCCGAAUAUAUCGAGAGGAUUGAAGACGGUCUUGUGCUGGGGGAGACCUACAUUCGGUUCCAUUCGAUCAAAGUGGCCGCUGCGGCGUGCGAUCUACUGAAAAAUCACCCGUGCUUUACCAAGUGUGCCUUUCGUUUCCUGAAGAAAGCCUCAGACAUGCGUAGCACUGUUGCCGGAGAACGCACCUUUGGAACCAAAGUGCAGGAAAAGCGCCCUCGCAUCGGGAUUUGGGAUUAA